AUGGACAGCCUCGUCCAAGAAAAGGACCUCUGCAGCAAGGCCCCUGACUACCUUCUGAGAGGGUUCCAACUGGACUACCAGACCACGGGUCUUCGAGAAGAUAUGCUGAAUGAGAUUGUCACGACGGAUGAAUCCACACAGUGCAUCUUCAUUCGGAAAGAAGUUGAGCGAGUUGUGAGUUGCUGUCGAGGCUGGAGUGGCUCGAUGUGUGACGAACUUGCAGUGAAAAACAUUCAUCUGAAGUCGAAUCUCGUCUUCAGAUUUCAUCAUCGCAUCAGAUCUGAGAAGUUGAUUUUUUAUUUGUUAGCAAUCUGUGAGGAGGCCUGCCAGCACGGGGGCUACUGCGAGUUUCCUGGCCAGUGCAACUGCGAUGGAACCUUCCACUGUGGAAGCCACUGCCAACUCAACUUCAAAGAUUAUGGCUAG